AUGAUCCAGAUAGAUGGAACUUUUAUGUAUGGAAAGUAUAAAGGAACGUUGUUGAUUGCCACUACUCAGGACGGAAACUCUAACAUUUUACCGAUAGCUUUUGCAAUAGUGGAGAGUGAAAGUACGAGUUCAUGGGGUUGGUUUUUGCGUCUGAUAAGGCAACAUGUUACUCAGAAACAAGGUAUAUGUUUGAUAUCAAACAGACAUGCAGGCAUCAAGGCCGCGGUAAGGGAUGCGAGAAAUGGGUGGCAGCCUCCAAAUGCGCAUCAUGUGUAUUGCAUCCGCCACAUUGCUAGCAACUUCAACCAUAGGUUUAAGAAUGCAAAGCUUAAACAAGAGCUGGUUAUGAUGGGUUACGAGCCAUGUUUGUACCUUUUUGAACGGAGGUUGGCCAAGUUUCGACAGACUAGCCCAGCUAUCCAGGCAUGGAUUGAUGGAAUCAGUAGGGAGAAAUGGAGCCUUGCUUGUGACAUCGAUGGUGGUAGAUUCGGCCACAUGACAACCAACCUUGCAGAAUCUGUUAAUAAAGUGUUUAAGGGCGCUAGGAACAUGCCGAUCACUGCACUUGUCAAAUGCACAUAUGCCCGUCUUGUAGAUUACUUUGUUCAAAGAGGCAUUGCUGCAAGUGAUCAACUGUAG